AUGGCGCCCCUCGCGCCGCCGCGCCGGCGGCUUGCUCCCGCGGCCGCGGGAGGAGGCCCCGCCGGCUUCGGCGACUCCGUGCGCGUGCUGCUCGCGCUGGCCGCGCUCUACGCCGCCAUGUCUCUCCUCGCCUACCGCGUCAUCCACAUGCGCCACGUCGCGCCGCUCGGCGCCGACGCGCCGCGGGGGAACUUCUCCGAGGGACGCGUGCUCCAGCACCUCACCCGCCUCGCCGUUGACAUCCCUAGCCGCCAGGAGGGGAGCCCAGGGUUGGAGGCCGCCGCGCAGUACAUCAAAGGGGAGCUCCAGGGUCUCUCCGCGCGUGCGGGCCCGGAGUACAGAAUAGAGGUUGAGGAAACACUUGUUAGCGGCUCUUUCAGCAUGAUGUUUCUGCGUCAUAGAGUAACACUAGGCUACAGGAAUCAUAAAAAUGUUGUCAUGAGGAUUUCAUCAAAUGUUUCAGAAGAUGAUGAUCCAUCCUUGUUGGUAAAUGGUCAUUUUGACAGUCCGCUUGGAUCUCCUGGUGCAGCAGAUUGUGGUUCUUGUGUUGCAUCUAUGCUUGAGCUAUCACGACUCAUCAUUGACUCUGGGUGGAUCCCUCCUCGACCGGUGAUUUUCCUUUUCAAUGGUGCAGAGGAACUUUUUCUUUUGGGCUCACAUGGUUUUAUCAAGACACAUAGAUGGAACAGGACAAUCAGUGCUUUCAUCAAUAUUGAAGCUUCUGGAAGUGGGGGUACAGAUUUAGUUUGUCAAUCUGGACCUGGAUCGUGGCCUUCUCGUAUUUAUGCUCAGACUGCAAAGUACCCUAUGGCAAAUAGUGUUGCUCAGGAUAUGUUUGGAAUAAUCCCAGGUGAUACAGAUUAUAGGAUAUUUGCUGAAGACAUUACGAACAUUCCAGGACUUGAUAUUAUUUUUGUUCUCGGUGGUUAUUUCUAUCAUACUUCAUAUGAUACAUUGGAGAAUCUACUCCCUGGAAGUAUUCAAGCUCGUGGUGAAAAUUUAUUCAACCUUGUGAAGGCAUUCACAAAUUCUAUGUUGUUAAAAGAGAAUGAGAUAUCUAAUAAAGCUGCUAAGGAUGGAAUUGAAGAUUUGCGGGCAGUCUUUUUUGAUUAUUUGACUUGGUUCAUGGUGUUUUAUUCUCGUGAUAUCUCUCUGAUUCUUCACAGUCUACCGGUAGCCAUUUUUCUUCUUGUACCGCUGUUCCUGAAGUUCCCAAACAUUACCUUGAUGUCAUGGUUUGUAACUCUUCUAGGUUUCAUGAGAGGAAUGUUACUCCAUGCGUUUGGUGUCAUCCUUGCAAUAUUUAUUCCUGCUGUGGCUGCAGCAUUAAGAUUGUUAUUCACGAAGAAUGCAAUGAAUUGGUUUGCUCACCCUUAUUUGGUGUUCCUUAUGUUUGUCCCUACUUCAUUGAUUGGUCUAUUGCUGCCGAGAGUUACAUGGGGGUUAUCGGAGCAAGCACACUUUUGGGGUGCUUUUGGGUUGUAUUCUUUAAUAACUAUGGCCUACACGCUAGCUGGGCUGAGUGGAGGUUUUCUAACAUUUUUCAUUUCCAUGUCCAUGCUUCUUGGGCGAUUUGUCUCUAGCAUCAAUAGGAAGCAGUGGAGCCAACAAUCACCUAGGUCGUUGGUUGCGUAUGUGCUGCCUAUGAUCCCAUGUCUCCUUUAUUGUCUUUACUAUGGCGGAUUCCUUAUCCAGUUCCUGAUUGAAAAGAUGGGCAUGAUGGGAUCUCUUCCAAAACCAUAUGGAUAUUUUGUGCCUGAUGUUAUUGUUGGAGCUGUAGUUGGAUUAGUGGUUGGUUGGUGUUUUGGUCCUCUAGCACCUGUUGCUGGUCGUUGGUUGUCGAAGACCUCAAUUCUCCAUGUCUUUCUGCAAAUUACAGUGGUUGCUUUGGCUGUCUCAUCUCAACUGUUUCCUUACAGCACUGGAGCACCAAAAAGAGUUGUUCUUCAACAUACUUUUGUUACAGAUGGUAAUAAUGUUAUAGAUUCAAGCUAUGGUUUCUCUGUGGUUGAUUCUAACUCAUUGGAGUUUCUUUUCAACAAUGCACCUGAGGCCGCCAGAUGGCUGAAGGAUAACUCUGAGUUGUCUUUUGAAGAAAAAUAUCGGUCUGAUAGAAGCUCAUGGUUGGCUGUGUACCCUGUCCCGUUCUUGUUCUCUGGAAGUCUAAAAUUUCAGGCACAAACUGAAGAGAUUAGAAAGUAUUACCAGCAUUUCCCUCAGUUAGCUGUUCAGGAGAUCUGGGAUAACAAUGGGCAGCGAAGGGUGCAUCUCAAACUUUCACUUGGUUCCUUAUCAGAAAUUUGGACCUCUGUGCUCAAUAUUACUGGGCCACUAUCAAAUUGGUCCUUUGCUGAUAACAUGCUCCCAGCUCCUCAAACUGUAAGUGGCGGGCCACCAUCAUAUAUUUGUCGACUCAGUGGAAAGAGCGAUGUGGAUUGGUCUUUCUGGUUGGAGGCAAACUCUUCUGAAAGUCUGAGAAUCGAUGUUGCGGUACUUGACCAGUAUCUUGUUGAUAGUACAAAGAAACUGAAGAGCCUCUUCCCAAGUUGGGCAGACUUGACAGCCUUCACAACAUUUUUCUCAACAUAUCAUUUAUGA